AUGCGCGGGGAGGUUGACGGAGACUGCGGCGCACACGGUGAGUCAGACCAGGCAUUGAACGAUGGUCAGGGACGUGCAAAUGAAUCGCAGAUGGUCCUGACUAUGCGGUUGGAGGACUUUUGUUUUAAUUUUUUAGACAAGCAGGAAGAACUGUUUGAUGAGGCUCGAGAGGAGCAGUGUGCAUCAAAGUCAAGGAUUCUCUACAACUCCAGCCUGAGUUCGACCCCAGUUUUGAUGGUACAGACAACACCUGACUCCAAGAAGGGGUCAAUAAGGAGGGAGGAAAUACGGUCUUUGUGUUUGUCAAGGGAGGGAACAGGAGUUUCAAGCGAGCUGUGGGUGUCUAUUUCUUCUGCGAGCCCACCGAAUUGGAGUAGCCUUUCGCUUUUUGAUCCGGAUUCCGGGAAUAGCGAAGAGCCGGAGCCAGAUGAAUACAUCAUGUUAGGGGAGGGCGGGUUUUUGGACAAAAUAUGUGGUGGGAAUCUUGAGCCGGUUGCGUCUGACGGUCCCAUGCGAAAAAGUACGGGGGACCACUCGGCAUGGGCUCAUCAGAAGAAGGAACCCAGUGUUGUCGCGGCAAAGUCAUCUGCCUCGUCUUUUCGGAGCCAGGUUGGGGAGGAGAUGGCAGGGAAUAAGACGGCAGUUUUGGGGGAAGGAAAAAGAAAUGCGCGGGGAAACAGCCUUGGAAGUUUGGACAUUGUUAACCGCAGUCUUCCAGAGAUGCCUAGGAGUCUGCUGGAGCAAUGCAACAUUGCCGCUGCUCCAUUGGAACCAGAUUGUAGCGACUCGGAAUUUGGACUGCCGCCUUAUUACUUUACGUCACUCAUGGAUUUUAUGUCAGCCGAGCCAACUUCAGAUGAGGAAUUACCACCAAUCCUUCAGGCUCAUGAGGGGAAAAAACUUUCAAAAACGGACUUUUUAAAGGAAAGGUUGUCUCGUUACCGCAUUGAGGGGAAGCGUCAAAAUGUCAAUUUCCAGCGCGUCAAGGCUGUAGCCUUCAUUAGUUCUUUAGAAGGAGGGGAUGAAUCAUGUUCAGAUGUACCGCCGUCAAUUAUUUCUCAGACUGGAACGGGUGCCGUUUCCGUCAUUGAACAUGAAGAGCUUCGAAAUGGUCGUAUAUUGCAGCUGAAGUCUAGUUAUGACAUGGAUGAGGUGAUUUGUUCCACCGAAGUGGGGCGAUCGCAGACACUGACAUCUCUUUUAAACUGUGUUCAUUGUGGUCAGCGAUCGUUUCUUUUGUCUACUUAUGCCCCUGGUUCUCUUCCGACUUCUGUCAGACUUACCCGCGACUUUCUCAAAAAGUUGAUACAGCGCUACCGAGAAGGUGAGGUGGUUGAUCGAACAAAAUGCACGAUUUGGAUUUCUUUGGCGGCAAUAACGACCCCCCGCUCUGCAGUCGACAUGCUCUACCCUGAAGACGAGGAGGGUAAUGUCGUGCCCAUUAGAAAUGGGUUUAUAGCCCUUUGUGGACCCCUUCUCAUGGGUCUGACAUGGCGGGAGGUGUCGUCGAAGGAGUGCUUGGCGGACAUUGCGAGUAGGAUGCGUCGUCGUCUACGCCGCCACCCGGAAAAUAUGGUUGUGGGAACCAUUCUGGUACGUGAGCGUGCACUUCAUAUGGAUUCCGAGAUCAAUAUCCCAAAGUUGGUUCUUGCAAACUUUACCUUUGCAUUAACGAGGGAUCCAAGGUUUUUCUGUUCCAUUGGUCAAGCAAGGGCAUCGCCGUUGCGUGUAUUUUUUUCAGACGCAUUGGGUGGCGCCGCCUUGACGACGCAUGUGACGUGUGUGGGACAGAGUACUAGCAACGGCUUGACUAGCGAUUACUUUGACUACGCCCUGAUGCUCCAGCGGAUAAUGAACAGCAGACCAUUUGUGUGUGACCUUGGGCUUUGUUACCUGAAGGCUGAGAAAUUGCUGCAACGGAUCGAGGAUUCGGGGAAGUCGAAUACUUCUAUCAGCAAUGAUGACAUUGAGACGCUUGAGGAAGUUGUGAGCGAUACAGAGUGGCUGCUGCACAACGCAGAUUUGGCGCCGACGAAAUGCAUUCGGGAGAGGACAGAGCACCCUUCUACGUCAAUUAUCUUUUCUUCGGAGGCCGAUUUCCUUGAAAAGGAUGGCGUCAAGCAACGGAGGCGGAGGGGGACUUUGAACGGGGUUGGGAAGAAGACCACUCGCCCCAGUCCAUUUUCAUCCCCAUAUGAGGCGAGUGACGAGAACACCCUCCUACCAUCUCUUUGA